CUGCCUCUGUGUCAGUCAGCGCAGUAUUUCUGAGUUAUUUAUUUUGGUAGGAACCAAAGUUCUCUAAGGCGGAACCUUUGUUUUUGUAUCGCCCGUUUCCGUCAGGACAUACUUUAGCGUAACACUCAUCAAAAAAGUCCCCUGAUUUAGUACAUGUUUUUCAGUGCUGAUGCAUCUGCAAAAUAGCUCUUAGCAUCAAGAUAAACAAUCCUACAGAGUAAUGCCAAGCUACACAACUUUCCUCAUGCAAUGCAGCUACUAAGUUUUCACGGUCUGGAUGAACCAAAUAAAUCCUGCCAGUAAACAAAAAGGAAACUCGUUGCUGUCGUUUGUACUGAGGGAAUUAUAGUGAAAACUUAGCUGCUCACGAAGACAGAACCAAAGAGCAGUGAAUGACAACAGUAAGGCAAGUAAGAUGUCCCGAAAUGGCGAAGAGCACACAAUUGCAGAUGUACAUUUCCCAGACAUGGAGUCACACGCACCUGACAAGACAGAGUGUGUGCACGAGCACAGCUCAACCGUGCAGCCACAAGCGACUGAAGGCAUCAUAGUGGACAACCCCGCUUCCUCAGAAGAGCCACCAUUAGGCCAAAGAGUCCGCAGAAUGACGGAAAAGGGUCAAGAACAGCAUGAUGAGCAAGUAAUAAAGGUUGCACAUCGGUUCAGUGUGUGCUAUGAGAAGUGGAAGGAUGCCACUAAAGAAGCCAACCAAGCGCUGAGUGGAAAGUGCUCAGACGACCUGCUAGAUGGACAAAUUACUAAAGUACGCAAUACCUCUAGGAGUCUAAAUGACGUUUAUGACGAUUGGAAACGCCUUGAGGUUCCUGACCUUAACACACGUCGCAAAAUCGACACCUGUGAAACAGUAACAAAGAAGAUGGUUAAGGAUGCAAUGGACCUUAUAGAUGCAAGGGAGGAAGCUACAGCCCAUAGGCAUACUACAAGUCAAAGACAUGAAGAACAUCGAGUCAUUGAAGAGGUAAUGUCUGUAGCCUCAGGAAGGACAGGCACUAGCUCUCGCCACACUAAGUGCUCCUCUGCAAGCAGGAAGAGUGCAGCUGCUGAGGUUGCUGCCAACAAAGCCACCUUAGAAGUACAGCUGGAGCAAGAGCAUUAUAUUAAAGAGCUUCAGAGACUGGAAGUUGAAGCCGCUCAGCUAAAAGCCAAACAAGAGGCUGAAAAUGCAGAGAGACAAAGAGUGCUAGAAGCCAAGCGCAGAGAACUAGAUCGAUUGGAGACUAUUAAGAAGCUAAAGGCUGCCGAGGCACGACAGCAAGUAUAUGACCAGAGUAUACAUUCAUGUCCGGCAACUAAGGGCGACGGCUCAGAUGAAGAAAUAAAUUAUCUUCUCCAUUGUGGCUCUGUGAAGAAAGAAGAGGAAGUCAAGCCUCAAACUAUAAAUGUUCUUCUCCAUCGUGUCUCUGUGAAGAAAGAAGAAGUCAAGCCUCAAACUAGCCCACUGCGGCACCAUUCUACACCACCAGCUGUAGCACAAGCAAGGCAAGAAAACAAAUAUGAAGAUGGCACAACAGCUCUCGUCAAAGCGCUCGCAGAAGCCAUCAGUGCGAGUCGCAUUCCUCUACCUGAACCUACAGUGUUCAGUGGUGACCCACUCCGAUUCAACGACUGGAAAGUGUCCUUUCAGACGCUCGUUGACAGGAAGAACAUACCAGCUGAAGAGAAGAUAUAUUAUCUACGCAAGUAUGUGGGUGGAUCUGCUAAAAGGGCCAUAGAGAGCUACUUUUUACUUGGCACAGAGCCAGCAUAUUAUGCAGCAUGGGACAUCCUAGAAGAGCGAUACGGCAAUCCAUUCCUCAUCGCCAAGGCCUUCAGAGAGAAGCUCGACGCGUGGCCCAAGAUAAGCUCCAAAGGCAGUAUGGAACUUCAAGAACUCGCCGACUUCCUGCGCUGCUGUGAGGCAGCCAUGUCUCAGAUCAGAGGUCUUGAAAUACUUAAUGAUUGCAACGAGAACCAGAAAAUUCUCUCUAAACUCCCAGACUGGGUGACUUCAAGGUGGAAUAGGAAAGUCAUAGAAGCAGAAGAAGACACUCACAUGUUCCCGAGCUUCAGCCAGUUUGUCAAGUUUCUCACACGUGAAGCUAAAAUCGCUUGCAGCCCAAUAACAUCUCUUCAUGCUCUUAAGCCAAGUGAAAGGAUUCCAGACAAGUGUGUAAAGAGCGGAGGUCCUGGAGCAAAGGUGUUAGCAACCACCUCAGAUGAGAAAGCCGUCGUCACAAGCUGUGUCUUCUGUGAGAAGGCAGGACACAGUCUACAAAGGUGUUACAAGUUUAUGCAAGGGACAAUCUUGGAGCGAAUCAAGUUUGUUCAAGAAAAUAAAUUGUGUUUUGGCUGUCUCAAAUUUGGCCACCGAUCUAGAGAUUGUAGAGAAAGAGACAGCUGCGACACCUGUGAGAGAAGACACCCAACUUGUCUUCAUGACGAUCGCACCAAGGAAGAAAGGAUGUCUACAAGAUCUGACAGAGCAAGGUACAGUGACAAAGACAAAGAAGAGUACAAAGAAAGGAAGAAUGAACAGUCACAAGACCAGUCAGAGAGACCAUCACGUGAGGCGACGGCACUUAGAGUCAUCCAGAAUGUUGGAGACACGCAUACCUCCACAAUAAUUCCAGUGUGGGUGUCAUCUACAAGUGUACCAAGUCGUAAAGUUCUGGUGUACGCACUCCUUGAUACACAAAGUGACACAACCUUUAUCCUCGACGAGACAGCGAAGGCUCUCAAUGCUAGGAGUGAACCAGUUCAGCUAAACCUCUCCACGUUGGCUUCAAGAAACACAAUCGUGUCCUGUCGGAAGCUAGCUGGUCUACAAGUUAGAGGUUUUUAUUCAGACAAGAUAAUCACUCUUCCAGUGACUUACUCAAGAGAGUUUAUCCCUGCAAACAGAGACCAUAUUCCCACACCAGAUACGGCGAAAGCAUGGCCUCAUCUUGAACACAUUGCAGAUGAGAUCGCUCCUCAGCAAAGCUGUGAUGUCGGCCUGUUAAUUGGCUACAACUGUGCCCAAGCCCUCGUUCCAAGACAAGUGGUGCCUGGUGAGGAACACCAGCCGUUUGCACAAAAGACAGACUUGGGCUGGAGUGUAGUGGGAUAUGGCAACCCGUGUCUCAACUAUGGAGAUGCAAUUGGAAUAAGUCACCAAGUCAUGGUGAAGCAAGUGAUGCCAGGUCUACCGUCCUCUUCAGACCUCACAAAGGAAGUGCACUAUGUCUGUAGGACACAGAUCAAAGAAGUUCUCUUACCUGCAGAUGUCAUCAAGAUGCUGGAGUCUGACUUCGUUGAAAGAGAGUCGGAAACCAGCCCCAUCUCUCAAGAAGAUCUAAGGUUCCUGUCAAAAAUGGAAAAGAGCAUCAAGUUAAAGAGCGACGGUCAUUACGAAAUGCCGCUGCCAUUCAAGAAAGAAAGACCUAACUUACCUGAUAAUAAGAUCUGUGCUAUCCAUCGUCUCAGGUGCCUAGAAAGAAGGCUGAGAAGAAACGACCAGUACUACAAAGACUACAAGACCUUCAUGGAUGAGACCAUAAGACGCGGAGAUGCAGAAAGGGUCCCGGAGGAAGACAUCCACAAAGCUCCAGCUUGGUACAUUCCGCAUCAUGGGGUGUAUCAUCCACAAAAGCCUGGGAAGAUACGCGUUGUCUUCGAUUGCUCCGCCAAGUACCAAGGAACGUCCUUGAACGACCACCUCCUGACGGGUCCUGAGUUGACAAACACCUUGGUGGGAGUUCUGUAUCGCUUCCGAAGAGGUCCUGUGGCAAUCAUGUGUGACAUCGAACGCAUGUUUCACCAGUUCCAUGUUAAGGCAGAAGACCAAGAUUACCUGCGGUUCCUUUGGUGGGACAAUGGAGAUCUCGAAAGCCAACCUUCCAUCUAUCGGAUGAAAGUCCACUUGUUUGGUGCAGCAUCGUCACCUGGCUGUGCCAACUAUGGGCUGAAGCAUGUCGCUGCUGAAGGACAAGGAAACUUUAGUGACGACACCAUAAAGUUCAUUCAACGGAACUUCUACGUGGAUGAUGGAUUGUCAAGUGUAGCAUCCGAAGACCAAGCGAUCCAACUGGUGAAAGAAGCAAGAGAACUUUGCAGCACAGGCAAACUCCGGCUGCAUAAGUUUAUCUCUAACAGCAAGAAGGUCCUAGACGCAAUCCCAAAAGAAGAAUGUGCUGCAGCUGCCAAAGACAAGGACAUGGCACUGGGUGAACUGCACAUGGAAAGAGCACUCGGUGUGCAGUGGUGCGUGGCUUCUGAUGAGUUCCAGUUCAGAGUAAUCGUCAAGGAGAAUCCACUUACUCGAAGAGGAGUCCUGUCCACAGUCGCUUCAGUCUACGACCCUCUUGGAUUUGUGGCACCGUUCAUCUUGUUGGGAAAGCAGAUCCUGCAGCAGAUGUGUCGUGACAAGCUCAGUUGGGAUGACACCUUACCUGAUGACCUACGACCUCUGUGGGAAAGCUGGCUUCAAGACCUGCGAAAUCUAGCCGAGGUGAAGAUUCCAAGAUGCUACGUUCCAUCAAGCUUCAAGGUCCAACACUACGAACUCCACCAUUUCGCCGAUGCCAGUGAGUCAGGCUAUGGAGAGUGCUCGUACCUCAGAGCAGUGAGUACGUCAAGUGAAGUCCACUGUUCCUUUGUAAUGGGAAAGUCGAGAGUCGCUCCUACUAAGGUCACAACCAUACCAAGACUCGAGCUGUCAGCAGCAGUGGUAGCUGUCCGCACCAGUGACAUGCUCAAGAAAGAACUGGAAAUAGAAUGCCUACAAGAAGUCUUCUGGACUGAUUCAAGAGUGGUCCUUGGUUACAUCAAUAAUGAAGCCAGAAGAUUUCACGUGUUUGUGGCAAAUCGUGUGGAACGCAUCAAGCAAAGCACAGAGUCUACACAAUGGAAGUAUGUGGCUUCAGAAGAUAAUCCAGCAGACUACGCCUCAAGAGGUCUCACAGCAGAGCAACUGGUAUCCUCUAACUGGUUCACAGGCCCAGACUUUCUUUGGCAGAAGGAGUUACCAAGUGGAGAUGUCAAGGUGGGAGAGAUCACAUAUGACGAUCCUGAGCUUAAGAAGGUCCAGGUUCUCGACACCCAGGCGAAAGAAGUCAAGUCGCUGCUAGAUCGCCUACACAAGUUUUCAGACUGGUCCAAAAUGGUGAAAGCUAUCGCCAGACUCCAGCGCCAUGUGAAAGAAAUUAAAGGGCUUCAGCCAAAGUCCUGUGAAGCCUGCAGUUUGGAGGAAAGGAGAGAAGCGGAGUUGACAAUAAUCAAGAUGGUUCAAGAAGCAACCUUCUCACAAGAUAUACAGUUACUCCAAAGUGACAAGGAGACGCCAGUCAAGGGCAAAGCCAAUAAGUUGCACCGGUUAAGUCCAUUCCUGGAUGACCAAGGUGUCCUCAGAGUUGGAGGCCGCUUAACUCAUGCUGCCCUACAUCCACAGGUGAAGCAUCCAGCGGUCCUUCCAAAGGACAGUCAUGUGUCAAAUUUACUUGUCAAGCACUAUCAUGAAAGAGUGUACCAUCAAGGACGAGGAAUGACCAUGAAUGCGCUCCGAUCUAAUGGCAUAUGGAUACUGGGCUGCAGCAAGGCUGUAUCAUCCCAUAUCUACAAGUGCACUAAGUGCAGGAAGUUCAGAAGAUGCACUGAACAGCAGAAAAUGUCAGACCUUCCAGAGGACAGAAUGGAAACAGCUCCUCCAUUCACCUACUGCGGUAUGGACUGUUUUGGACCAUUCUACGUAAAGGAAGGAAGGAAAGAGCUAAAGCGUUAUGGAUUGUUACUUACCUGCAUGUGUUCCAGAGCGGUUCACGUUGAGAUGCUUGACGAUAUGACCACGGAUGCCUUCAUUAACGCAUUGCGUUCAUUCAUCGCCAUUCGUGGAAAGGUACGUCAGAUAAGAAGUGAUCAAGGAACAAACUUCGUCGGAGCAAGACGAGAGUUUGCUGAAGCAUUGAAAGAAAUGGAUCAGGAAGAGCUCAAGCAGCUUGGAUGUGAGUUCAUCAUGAACACCCCAGCUUCAAGUCAUAUGGGUGGCGUCUGGGAAAGACAAAUUCGCACCAUAAGAAGUGUCUUGACGUCCAUUCUAGAACAGUCAGCUACGCAGGUUGACAGCUCCUCUCUAAGAACGUUCCUGUAUGAAGUCAUGGCAAUAGUGAACAGUAGACCUCUGAGCACUGAUUGUCUAAAUGAUUCAUCCAGUCCAGAGCCCCUGACACCAAACCACAUUUUGACCAUGAAGUCCACGAUACUCGCUCCACCUCCUGGGAAGUUCGUCAAGGAAGAUCUAUACCUACGCAAGAGAUGGCGUCGAGUUCAAUUCUUAUCCAACCACUUUUGGACAAGAUGGAAGAAGGAGUACCUCCUGAGCCUCCAACAGAGACAGAAGUGGACCAAAGAUCGCAGGAAUGCAAAGGUCGGCGAUGUUGUACUCCUGCAAGAUGAUACUACACCACGUAACCAGUGGAGGAUGGCAAAGGUUAUCGAAGUGUACCCAGGAAAGGAUGGGAAGGUGCGAAGACUCAAGUUGCUCAUCAGCGACUCAACCCUUGAUGAGAAAGGAAAGCGUAUCUCCAAACCUGUCCACCUGGAAAGGCCCAUCCAUAAGACGGUGACGCUGAUGGAAGCAGACUGAAGACUCCGACCUCUCUCUUUCUUUUCCUCCCCUCUCUCUCUCUAUCUGUCUCACUACAGGUGCAGUCAUGGUGAUCGUUCUCUGGGGAAGCCAAGGACUGAAGUUUAGUUUUUUUUGUUUAUCCUUUCUACGCAGUAUGUUGUCUCUCAAUAGUUGAAGAAAAUCAUAUACAUGUGAUAUGUUUUGGUGGGAGUGUAACUGCCUCUGUGUCAGUCAGCGCAGUAUUUCUGAGUUAUUUAUUUUGGUAGGAACCAAAGUUCUCUAAGGCGGAACCUUUGUUUUUGUAUCGCCCGUUUCCGUCAGGACAUACUUUAGCGUAACACUCAUCAAAAAAGUCCGCUGAUUUAGUACAUGUUUUUCAGUGCUGAUGCAUCUGCAAAAUAGCUCUUAGCAUCAAGAUAAACAAUCCUACAGAGUAAUGCCAAGCUACACAACUUUCCUCAUGCAAUGCAGCUACUAAGGUAUGUUUUGCUGACGUUUUUUGUGUGUGUUUUCUGUUCUUGUUUGUAUUAAAUUGUUUUUAUACAGCUAAGGGCUAACACCGUUAAGGGCUAACACAUGUUGGGCUUAGUUAGAUUGGUCUUUGUGUUUUGUUGUAUUAUAUGUAACCAAAGUGUAUUGUGUAUACAGUAGCCUAAUUGAAAGUGACGACAUUACCAGGACAAUGUUGGGAUAUUACUGUAUGGCUUGUUAUUAUUUUGACUAGUGAUUAUUGUAUUUGUGUAUUAUGUUUUUUGAUUACAGUUUUCACGGUCUGGAUGAACCAAAUAAAUCCUGCCAGUAAACAAAAA